AUGUCCAGCAGUAUCCCUGUGGCACCGCCAAUGGGCCCUGAACCCAGUGAUUCGUACAAAGCCAACAACCUACCGCCGCCCUAUACCGAAUUCUAUGUUGGGCCGAGCACGAGUACUCCGACCGGAGCGUUGAACGCGGUUCAAAGGCCUUUGUCCUCACCCGGAGGGCGUAGUCCGCCAUUACCAUCACCACAGCAGCCUCACACUGCCACCCCCGGAACUCACCACUAUCCAAAUUCACAAUUCCAAGCAAAUACUGCCCAAGGUCCGCGUUCACCUGUCCCACAGCACCCCAAUCCAGUCCCAGGUCCACAGCAACACUACCAAUUCGGUCCGACACCGAUAAAUGACAGACAAGUACUCCUGCCAUACGCGUUCUAUACUGAACGUUCUAUUGUGGAUGCCCGUGCGCGAUGGAGGUUCUGCGAGGCGUUGCUACGUUGGGAGAUGGGUGGCUUCUCAUACUCACUCGGAUACGUGUUGAUGGUGUUGUGGCUGCUGCUAGCUAGCCUAGUUGCUGAUUUAUUAUGGUGCAUCCUCUGCUUGUCGGAGAUUGGGACAUGGAGGUGCUCUGAUUUCGGCUGGUGCACCAUUGCCAACUAUCGGUCUUCCUCUUUUUUGGACAAUUCUGCGACUUUGUGUAUAUUGCUUGGACUACUGUUGAUAAUAUCUUGUGACGAACUCUCUUACGACACUUAUGAGCUGCCUAUGCCCUUUAUCAUGUACACCAACAUCCCAUAUCUUGCAAUAGGACUUUUUCUCUCAAUUGAUCCCGGCGCACAAGUUUUCUGGAGGGUGGAAGAACACCGUGUCAAGUCGAAUUGUGUUGCGAUUUGGCUUCUUUCCCGUAGCUCGGUGGUGACGAACGCUUCAAAAUUCUCCCGACUCGGGUUUUCUAGAGGGGAUGGACCCACAGAGGACCCUCGUUUGGCCCACUUGGCCCACUGCUGGAAACUCGUGGCGUUGGCAGCGUUCACUGCAAUGGAUUGGAAGAUUGUCGGCGGAGAUGGUUUGGUAAUGGGGCGACAAGAUUGUCGACAAUUUCUUCGAGGUCUGCCCAAUUUUAUCCAGGCUUUGCUACUCGUCGACGACUGCUGA